AUGCCCAUUUCACAGUCAAUAUUGCCUAUUGAUAAUUCACAAAUAUUGAUUCCGUGUAGAGAGAGAAAACUAGAUCAAAACGGAAAUAUUUCAGCUUCUGAAGAACAGCAUAAGAUUGAGUCUUCCGGUGAAAAUUCCAAUUUUGGUAGUAUUUGUAUGUCGACUAGUGGUAAUACUGAUCAUUUGAUUACAGCAGUUCACAAUGUUCAACCCUUUCAAACUGUCCAAUCAUCUUCAUUCCUUAUAAAUAAUGAAUCACGAGCAGUAGAGUUGUACGAGUAUAUACCUUCACGUUAUACCGGUUUGUCUACAUCCGAUGUCCAGCUGCUUCAAUUGAAUCAGAUUUGUCAAAGUAUACCAAAUUCCCAUGGACUAGUUAAUUCUACAGAGACAAUAACAAUACGACCAGACACUAAUCAACUUUCAUUCAAUACUAACGAACAAAAGAAUACAAAUGAUUUCUUGAAACAAAAUCAAUUGAGUAGUGUAUCAGCAAAUACAAUUGGAAGUGUAACUAAGAAAUCUGUUACAGAUCCAUUUUGCUUGAAUUCAGAUGAAAGAAGUCAUCAGUCAAGCAUUGUAGUAAACCAUCAUCGUCGUCAACAUCGUCAUCAUUAUGUCCAGCCGAUAGUUACACAUUCUUUGAAUCAAACAAUGAAUUCUUUACCGCCUUCAUCAAUUAGUAGUGAAAAAAGUCAAGAUGAUAAUAAUGAUAAUGAUCGUAAUAGCCAACUAGACAAUAAUCAUUUAACCAGUCAUGAAGCUUAUUCCUGUCGAAAUCAUGUUGAUGGAUUUAGUUCAAUCCUGACAAGUGCAGUAUCGGGUGAACGACCUCCAUUACCUGAAAGACAAACAGUUGAAGCAAUUUACAUGAAGAAAUCAAAUACGAAAAUGGUUCAAACUGGAGAUUUGUCUGUUGAAACUGGUGAUGUUGGUGGUGGUAGUAUUGGCACAUGUCCUGCAACCUACAGACUGGAAUCAGAAAGCUUUGAACAUUUGAAACAAGAAAGUAAUUCACGUGCUAAGUUGAAUGAAUGUCUUGGGAUGAAGGAGUAUGCUAAUGAAGUAGCAGAUACAGGUAUUCCAGAGAAGUCUACAAAUGCAGGAGUUCUACCUUCAGAAUAUACUCCUUCUCCUCCUCCUCAUCCUCAUCCUACUACUACUCCACGAUCAACACUUGUCGCUCAAUUGAGAUAUUCACUGUUGAAACAAAAGCUUAAGUUAUUACGUGCUCGAGAUGCUUAUUAUUUACGCAGACGUAUAGUUAGUCAUCUUGAAAAAUUCUUAGAUCAAGCAAUUACAUCUGAUUCAUGUAUUUCAUUACCAAAUUCUAUACCAGAAGAUUGGGAUACCGAUACAGCUUCUGUAUUGUCAGAUUUAUUUGAUGAUAACGGCGGUAAUUUCAGUAAAUCUGGUGUUGGUGUUCAUCCAACCAUUCCUGAAUUCAAUCCCUUCAAAAAUAAUCAUUCAGACAAUAUGAUAAAAAGUUCAGAAAGAAAAUCAACUAGUGAUAAAUGCGUUUGCUGUCCUGAUAAGCGACAUUCAACACAGGAAGAAAAUGUUCAAAGGAAAGAGAGUAAAUCCGCCUUGAAGAAAUCCUGUUUCAAUCAAGAUGGUUGUUGUCAAAAUGAUUCAACUGAAGGUUUUAAGACAUGUACUCAAGAAGGUGAUAAUUCAGGCAAUAGGCAAGCGAAGUCAAGCAGUUCACCUGUUAUACAUCAAAAAUUCCAAUGUGACAGAAAACCUACCACCACCACCCAGUUCGCGGAUCUCAAAAAACGAGCAGAACAUCAAUUAGGCGAAAUGAUAAUGAAGUUAAAGACUAAUCAGUCUGAUUCACCUUCACAAUCAACAACAGCAUCCUGUCCAUGUAUGCACUGUGAAAACUGUCGAUCAAUACUUGCCGGUUACAUUACUGAUGGUAUUAAAUUCACUAAGUCUUAUGAUGAUGAUGAUGGCGGUUAUCGUCAAUCCUCAAAAUAUACUCCUAUGCGGAAAUUGUUCGUGGCUGAAGCAUGUGCUGCAUCAGGUGGAAUUUCUUGGUUUCAACCGUUAAAUCAAAGUCGUUUGAACAACAAAAAUAUUGAAAGAAAAUCAGCAAAGGAUAAUAAACGAUCUAAUGUGAUAAAGUGUCUUUAUCGAGAGAUCCCUUGUCGUUUUGGUGUAUCAUCAACUAUGAAUCAAUCGAUUGGCAGUGAUGACCACCAACAGCAGUUGGGAAGGAAAUACACUACCGCUACUGCUGCUGCUGCUGCUGCUAACUGUCUACACACUUUGCAUAAUCAUUCAUGUCAUAAUGGAGGUGAAGGAUUCUGUGAUACUGAGUCGAAUGAUUCAUCUACCGCGAAACAGAAGUCUUCUAGUGAAGCGGAAGAGGUUGAAGAAGGAGAUAAUAAUGUUAAAGAAAAACCUGAAACACUCAAAUCAUCAAUAAUAACCAAAAUGAGAUGCAAUCAACAUCAAGACACAGAAAGCUUUUCAUCUAGCAUCACUGAUGGGGUGGUGGUAGAUUUACACCCUGGACAAAAGAAUUCCCCAAUAUCUAAAAGAAUAACCUAUGAAAUUCGAGAUAAUAUUUAUGGUGCUGAAAGCAAUAUACAAACGCUUUUUAAAAAACGUAUGUCCGCCUGGAUAUCGCGGUGUGAAGAACGUCAAAAACGGUUGCAUUUAGCCUCAGCAGAACGACGUUAUCAAAAGGCAAUGGAUAUGGAACGUACCCAACUCUUUCAUCCAACUUUAUCGGAUCAAUACACUAGACGACCGCUCAGCUCACACUUGUCUAAAGUUGAUCCAUGUCAUUGUGGUUUUGAAAGUGGUGUUGGUGGCAGUCGUCGUGGUGAUCGUUCAACUUGGCGAGAUAUCAGUAAUUGUUGUGUUCAUUGUUUUCGAAAUUCGAAUAAUCAAACUGCACAGUCAAACAGAAGUAAUAAUGGUGAUGGUGGCGGUUGGGGUGGUGAUGAUAACCGCUGCUUAAAUCCUAUGAGCUCUAGAAAGGAUGUUCGACAAGCUUCAGUAAACCUUCCAAGUCAUAGAUCUACUCUCAGUUAUAAAACAAACAGUGGGAGAAGAUCAGCACGAUCAGGAAAUGAAACCAGAUCAUAUAGGAAUUAUGUACAAAAUCAAGUUUACAUACAAGAAAGCAAACUGGCUCAAUUACGCGUUAAUCGAUUGAGAAUGAAAAUUUACGGUGAAAAAAUUCUACGUUCUGUACUUCAAAGACGCGGUCCAUGGUCGAUGACUUUCAAAGAGGUUUAA